AUGGAAGAAAAAAAAAGAGAUUAUAAAAUUGAACCUGAGAAAACAGAAGCUACUAUUGAUACAUCUAAUUGGCCUUUAUUAUUAAAGAAUUAUGAUAAAUUAAAUAUACGUACAUCUCAUUUUACUCCUUUACCAAUGGGAAAUUCUCCAUAUUCAAGAAAUAUAGAAGAAUAUUUAAAAUAUGGGAUUAUAAAUUUAGAUAAACCUAGUAAUCCUUCAUCUCAUGAAGUAGUUUCAUGGAUAAGGAAAAUUUUACGAUGUGAAAAAACAGGGCAUAGUGGUACAUUAGACCCUAAAGUUACAGGUGUUUUAUUAGUUUGUUUGAAUAGAGCAACAAGAUUGGUAAAAUCACAACAAGAGUCAGGAAAAGAGUAUGUUUGUGUAUGUAAAUUUCAUUCGAAACCUAAGAGUAUAGAAGAGGUAAAAUUAGUAUUAAAUAAUUUUCAAGGAGCUAUAUUUCAAAGACCUCCAUUAAUAUGUGCUGUUAAAAGGCAAUUAAGAGUUAGAACAAUAUAUGAUUCCAAAUUAUUAGAUUAUGAUGAAAAAAAUAAUGUUUGUGUAUUUUGGGUUAAAUGUCAAGCCGGAACAUAUAUAAGAACCUUAUGUGAACAUAUAGGUUUAUUAUUAGGUGUAGGGGCACAUAUGCAAGAAUUAAGAAGAGUUAAAUCUGGAAAUAUGACAGAAUAUGAUAAUAUGUGUACAUUACAUGAUAUAUUAGAUGCUCAGUAUAUAUAUGAUACUACAGGUGAUGAAUCAUAUUUAAGAAAAAUUAUUACACCAUUAGAAAAAUUACUCAUAAAUUUCCCACGUAUAGUUAUAAAAGAUAGUGCUGUUAAUGCUAUAUGUUAUGGAGCUAAACUAACUAUACCAGGAGUUUUACGAUUUGAUAAUAAUAUUGAUGUAAAUACAGAAAUUGUUAUUAUGACAACAAAAGGAGAAGCAGUUGCAUUAGCCAUAGCACAAAUGACAUCUACAGUUAUAGCAACAGUAGAUCAUGGUGUUGUCUCUCUAACUAAAAGAGUUAUUAUGGAUAGAGAUACAUAUGAUGUAAAAUGGGGAUUCGGUAAUAGAUCUAUGGAAAAAAAAAAACUCAUACUUGCAGGACUCUUAGACAAAUAUGGUAAACCAAAUGAAAAAACUCCAUUAAGUUGGAUAAAAAGUGAAGGAUAUGCUCCAAAACUAAUUGGAACAAAUACAACCAACUUUAAUUUAGAUAUUCAAAAUGAUAAUACAAAAAAUGAAAAUAACAAUAAUAAAAUUGAAAAAAAUAAUUUAACCACUUCUUCAAUUAAUACAAAUAUUAACGAUGAUAUGUCUGAAGCAAAUAAAAAUCAAAAUGAAAAUGCAGAAAAAUCUGAUUCAAGUGAUUUAAAAAAAAAAAAAAAAAGAAAAACAUAA